AUGGCAGGACCUGACUAUGGAUUUCAUUAUAGGCUUACCGCCGUCGAUGAGCAAGCGAAAGGCGUGCGACUCGAUCUUCGUGGUGGUCUACAGAUAUUCCAAGAUGUGUCUGCCGCCAUUGCUGCCCCUACUACCCCCAUUACCGAUCGCCCCGCGACCCCGGUCGCUGCCGGCGGUAGGGCCGAGGAUCCUAGGGACAACCGUCCUCUACGGCGCCCCCUCCCUAACGAUGCGCCCCCCGCCCCCUCUCCCUCUAAGCGGGCUAAGACGGCGAAGGCUAAGGGCUCCUACUACUACCGCUACCUACGCCGCCUACGGGCCGUAGGCGAUGCGGCGGGGCGGGAGAUCGAUAAGGGUAAGCGCGGUAGCCGCUUAGGCUACGUACCGGCCGCCAACCUCGCCUACGCGAGGGGCGAGGAUGGCGCGCCCGCCGUUACCGCCAUCCAGCGCGAGGCCGACGCCAUCGACGCCGAGCUCCGGCUCGUCGAGACCGACGUGGCCCCCCACCUCAUCGACGCCGUACGGGCCGCGGUCGACUCCUACCGGGAGGUAGUACGUACCGCACGCUUCCCGCACCCUAUUCGCGUGCUGACAAUUUUAGAAUAA